AUGUCAUUUCCUUCUUGGUGGAAAAACGAGGAAUCCAGCUUUUUAGGCGUUAAUAAGGCUAUUCAGCGCAAUAUUGAAAACGGGCGCUGGAAAGAGCCGAAGCCUAUACAGAUGCAAGCUAUUCCUACUUUGCUGGAGCGGCGUGAUUUCAUUGGAUCGGCGCCGACCGGUUCGGGAAAGUCGGGUGCCUUUAUCAUUCCGUCCCUCUUUCUAAGCAGCGCUCCGCAUCACAAAUUGAAGUCAUCUCGAGAAGGUGAGAUUCGGGGGUUGAUCUUGGCCCCGUCCUUGGAAUUGGCAGCUCAAUUGCAUCGCGAAAUCGAGCGCCUUGGUAUUGGCAAACCCGGUGGAUUGUCGUCUCUUCUACUGUCUAGGUCAAACGCGUCCCAAGUUAUUGGAGGUAGUGCCGGGGGAAAGAGUGGACUCGAUAUGCUCGUCUCUACUCCAUUGCGGCUCGUCGAUGCGAUAGAAAAGGGCUUGCGGCUAAAUUCAGUACGAAUAGUGGUACUUGACGAAGCGGAUCGUCUCCUCGACGCUACUGAUGGGAAAAGAGCCCGAAAGCCAAAGGGGGAGGCAGGAACGGAGUCGAUUGUAGAAGACGAAGAGGAGGAGGAAGAAGAAGAAGAUGACAGUAGUCAAUCUUUUCUUGCACAAAUGGACAUUGUACUGAGUGAAGUGCCAUCAACGGCAACGCGUGCUCUAUUCUCGGCUACCGUCACGCCGACUGUACGCUUCUUGGCUGAAUCUAUUCUGCGAAACCCUUUAGACGUCACAAUUGCCAACUCAGGCUCCGUUGGUGGUGCAAAUACAGAUAUCGAGCAAGAGUUAAUGUUUGUUGGAAAGGAACAGGGCAAACUCCUUGCUAUACGGCAACUGGUCCAGCGAGGACAGCUCCAUCCUCCUGCCAUAAUAUUUUUGGAGAGUAAAAAUCGAGCGCAAGCGCUAUUUGGAGAACUUUUGUAUGAUGGUAUUCAUGUGGACGUUAUCCAUGCGGGUCGCUCCAAAUCUGCCAGGGAAAAUGCGGUUGCCAAGUUUCGUCGAGGUGAUACUUGGGUUUUGAUCUGUACCGAUCUCGUCGCUCGUGGUGUGGACUUCAGAGCCGUGAAUAUGGUCAUCAAUUAUGAUUUACCCUCAUCAGGUAUCGACUAUGUACAUCGUAUUGGUCGAACAGGGCGCGCCGGUCGCAAAGGAAAAGCCAUUACCUUCUUUACAGAGGGGGACUUUGAGAACUUGCGAACUAUUGCCAAUAUUAUCAAGCAGAGCGGCUGUAACGUAGAGGACUGGAUGCUGAAUCUACCAAGAAAGAGCAACAAAAAGAACGCGAAUUCCGUGGUUCGACGACGGGAACGAAUCAGCACGACACCCGAGUAUGACCGCCAAAAAAAACGCCGACGACAACAGGCCAUAGAACACAACAAAAAGAAGUUGAAAAUGUCAACUACUUCGCAAGAAUAG